AAUCUGUGUAGUAAUGAUGGUGCUGAAUUUGGAGGUUCCAUUUACCAGAAGGUGAGCGAUAACCUGGACACUGCUGUAAAUCUUGCCUGGACUGCAGGUAAUAACAGUACUCGCUUUGGCAUUGCUGCAAAAUACCAACUUGACUCCACUGCUUCCAUUUCUGCAAAAGUCAAUAACUCCAGCCUAAUUGGAAUAAGUUACAGCCAGAUUCUUAGGCCAGGUAUAAAACUCACUCUGUGUUCCCUAAUUGAUGGAAAGAGCAUCAAUUCUGGUGGUCACAAACUUGGUUUGGGUCUUGAAUUGGAAGCUUAAGAUGUGCACCUUUUUAUCUUCAAUGACAAAGGGAUUUCGGAAGAAAGCAGCAUUUGGCCAUUACGUGUAAUUCCAACUUGACAGAUGGGCUUUUCUGAAAAGGAAGUUUCAAAUCAACCACGUACCUGUAUUUUUAGUACUUUAAUUGUUUUUUGAGUGAAGUUGGUUAUCUAGAAGGUGAUGCAGAAGUCAUAUGUCGCUCAUUUAUACAUAAUUUAAAAAUGUAUUUAACUGUUAAUACAACAGUCCCAAUAAUAAUGGGGUAGGCCUUUACAAAACUCAAGUCGUGACUGCAUGUUUCCUGGUUUAAUGUCUAUUUUGAGACGUUGUGCUGUGUCAGUUCACCAAAAGUCUGGAUAAAUUGAAAUUAUCCAAGUUGCAAUUAAAUUUUAUGGAAUCUGUGUAUAGCAAAAAAAAAAACAACUAUUUUCGUUAUCCCAAACCCAUACAAUUGAUGCUGAAUAAAAAUCUCAAAUACAGUGUGUUGUUUAUCCCUUUCCUCUUUGUGACAUUUUGAAUUUGGUAUGGUCAUGCAUGCUUCUUCCAGGAAGGAGCAAUGGAUUAGCUGAUGAUCUUUAUGGUGGCUGUAAAAAAAUGACCAUCUUUUGUGGACUUGUUUUAUAUUUCCUUUGCUUUUGCUUAGCUGAGUGCAUGCCACACUUACACACAGACUGCUAUGCAUUGAAGUGCAGCAUUGUGUUGUCUAGGGGAUUGGUGCAAGAUUUUAUUCUGUCUCUAUAGAAUGGACACCACAAAUGCAUGAGCUGACUCUGGUAGCAAUACAUUGCUUUUAUGUAGAAAACUGUUCCCAGGUGCUUCGUGAUUUUCAGGAAUUGAACCAUGUUGAGAUAUAACUAGGAACCUGUAGGAGAGGUUUUUAAGAGACUUAGAACCUUUCCAGCCCAAAAGGUAUCCAGCUUUAUGUGGUAGGGCUGACUACUGAAGGCUGUUUCACCAGUAGUGUGGAGAGGUACCCUUAGGCUAGAGUCAGAAAACUGAAGUGAUAAAAUGCAGAACCAUUUUUUUUAAACUUGCAUAAUUUCUGUGUCUUCUAAUUUGCACUAGCUUGAAGUUCGGUAAAACAUCUAGGAGGAAGAGAAACUGGCCAAAUUAAUUUUAGUAUUCUGAUGCUAGACAUUUUACUUUGGGAGUUUUAACUGGGUGCAAAAUUUAAUGAAGAUUCACCUGAAUUUUAACACUUCACUAAAUCAAGGAAAUUAGGUUAUCUUCAUAAUUACAUAAUUUUAAAUUAUGUAAUUGACAUUGAGUCUUGCGAUAAUUCAUUGACUGGUAUACUUAGGUGGAUGAAUUUUACAAAAAGGUUAGGUUUUAAAAAAAAAAAAAAAAAAAUCAGUGGGUUCAAGGUUCUAGAUCAGUGGGAUAAGGUUCUACACCAGUGAAUAAUGGGUAAGGUGAGUAGUCAUGAAAGAAGACAAAUACCAGAUGGAAGCUAUUGCUUCUUGCCUAGUGUCGAUUUUUGCUUUUAAUCCUAAUUCAACAUUUGUUCCAUUUAUGAUAGUUUGAGGGAUGUAGAUUACUUAUUUUGAAACAGCAGUAGGUGAUAGCUGUCAUAAUGACAUUGAGUUCAGGUGCUCAAUUUUACAACUGCUGUAAUGCACUAAUUACUUUAAAGGUUGUCGUGUAGCUAUACCCUUGUAUAUCGUAAAUACACUUGCAAGUAACUUAGUGGUAAUAAAUGAGUUGGUGACUGUUCUCAAAGCUGAAAAAUAAUUGAGUUUGUAGUUAUUUCCUAUUGAAUAGGAUGCCUUGCUAGUGUGAUAGUGUUCAGUGACAAACCAACCAAAGUAACAGCAUCUGUUUCAUUCUAUCAUGUGAUAUAAUUAAAUUUUGUUCUUGGGCUAAUUCCUGAUAGUCAUACAAUUCAUAUGCUCCUUCAGUUUCCUUUCUUCUUCAUACAUGUAGGCAGUCACUCUGAUCCUAGCAUUUUGGUAUAUAUAAGUGGUCCUUUGUCUUAUUUUUUUAAAUUGUGCACUAUGGUGUCUCCUGUACAAACUUGUUCCUUUUGUCUUUCCCAUCUCAUCUUGGAUUCCAAGCUGCAGGCUGAAAUGGAUGCAUCCUUUUGUGUAAAGCAACCUUUGCUCCCUGGAAUUAUUUUUAAAUGGUUCCCUGGCAGUUUGAAUUUGUAAAAAAUUUUACUUUUUUUUUUGGUAUUCUGAAGUUAUAAUUUGGCUGCAUUUUGGUCAUGACUAGUGCUAGACAGAAACUUCUAAAAGAAUUGUGCUUGCCUUGAUUCACUUGCAGCAGAGAAUGGAAAUCCUGUUAUCAGGAGUUAAAAUUUUGAUGCUGAUAAAUGGCCAUAACAUCACAGAUUUAAUUGUUCCAUCCCAAUCUCUGAAUUGAAAUCUAAUAAUAAAAUCAGAAAGGAUAAGUAACAGUUUAAAUUAAAUUUACUUGCACUUGUUGAUUUGUGGUGUUAUAUUUUCAUUGAAAAAUGUUUAAUCCCCACAAUGGUUAUGGAUGUGGAAUUGGCAAGAUGGUGCAGGGUAGCAGCUAUUUCCAAACUGUGCAUUAAGCUGUGAUUCUCAAGAGUAUUUUGAAAACUUUUAAUGGAAUGUGUGACAGCAAGGUGGAGCAAUAGUGAGGAAGAAUCUAAACUUGUCUUCCCAUUUCAGCGUGGACUAUUUUAAUGAUGGAUAUUUCUAAUUAUGUUACUGCGUUGUGCUUCCAGAAUAUUUCUUGUUUUCAUAUGUUUAAACCCCUUUUAUGAAUUACCUGAUCUUCCUACUGCUAAAGUGACUCCUAUUGAGAGGUCUUAAAGUUAAAUUUAUUCUCACUUGGAAGUACUCUUAAAUGAUGAGAAAUAAACCUAGCCCUAGUCUUGUAGAUGGGAGUUUUUCAUGUGAAGUGCCAUUUCAAAAGUUUGAAGCUGUUGAAUCACUGUACCCCACAGGAGCAGCCUAGUAAAGCAUCACUGGGUGGUAUGGUAUCUGCAGGAAUCCACAGACUUGCUUGAUUUAAACUAGCUGAAAAUGAUAAAAUGUAAUAAGCCUGAAGUAUGCAUAUAAUGCUGUGUGCUUAAUGUGCAAAAUAACAUGGUUUUGGAUUUCUGUGGAACAAACAUGCCAAUAAAAUUAUGAAAUUAACUGCA